UCUCUCUGUCUCUCUCUCUCUCUCUCUCUCUCUCUCUCCAUGUGGUCAUAAGGUGCACAGAGGAAGACAUAGAGAUAUUAUGGAAUCACAAGCUCAGGCCUCGCAGGUCUCAGAAAGCUUCCCGGGGCGAUAACCUACUUCAUCUGUACAGAUUUACUGUGUGGUGGAACACCUCCGUCCCCUCUGUUCUCACCACCCGCGUUUCAUCUUAUUCGGGUCAGGAUGUUCAUGAGACUCUGACCCGCCUCGCUGUUAAACCUGUGCUAUGUUUUAAUCAUCCUGUCAGAUGUUUGGCUCAAUGUAGAGCAAUUGGAUGUUAUUUCAUAAUCUCUUCUGGCCUACCUGCUACCCUUUAUACAGAGAGACAGAGGUGUGAGGAAGAGCCUGAAUGGACGAGGCCUGAUUGCAUUGGUAGUGGUAUAUACAGGGGGCUGGACAAUGAAACUGAAACACCUGGUUUUAGACCACAGUAAGUUUUAUAAUUAAUAAUUUUUUAUAAUUUCAAUUAAUUUGUCCUCUUUUGUACUCUGGUAUGUCACCCAUAAUGUUACUACAAUGAUGACAGGUGUUUCAGUUUCAUUGUCCAACCCCUGUAUGUAGAAAUCAAUAUUUGGUGGAAUAACCCUGAUGGUUUUUAAACACGUUUUUUUUUAUUGCAUCUUGGCAUAUUAUCUCCUCCCCCAGUCUUACACACUGCUUUUGGAUAACUUUAUGCUUAACACUCCUAGUGCAAAGUUUCGAGCAGUUCAGUUUGUUGGUUUGAUGGUUUGUGAUCAUCCAUCUUCCUCUUGAUUAUACUCCAGAGGUUUUCAAUUUGGUAAAAAAAAAAAAAAACAGAGCUGUAUAUCAGAAAAUCAGCCAUGCUAUUCUAGUGACACUUGAAGCUAGCUAGCUACCUCAGCAGUGCAACUUCAGUCAUACAAUUUACUUAAGCAGUGCUGCUCAAGACUCAUGUAGCAAGAUGCCUUGCAAUGUACACACAUUUAACCAUACAUUAACCUUACCUUAGUAGUGCUAUUCUAACCAUACGUUUACCUCAGUAAUGCUAUUUGAAUGGUAAAUUUACUUAAGCAGUGCUACUCAAAACACAUGUAGCUAGAUAACUUGAAAUGAAACAGAUCAAUUUUUAGAUUUUCAGUUGGUGAGCAGUUGGUUCUGUAAUUUUAUGGGUAGUUUAGUGAGGUGCAUUGAUAUAUGUAAAGGGAAACCGUGCUAUUUUAAUCAUAAAUGCACCUCAGUAGUGCCAUUCUAACCACACAUUUACCUCAGUAAUGCUAUUCGAGUUGUAAAUUUACCAUUAUGGAGAUAUGAUUGAGUUGUUGUGUAGAAAUUGCCAGCACUCUGAAGGAAAGUGUGGUGGCUGAAGCUUAUCUUUUUCUCCCGUUCUCCGUCAACAGGAGGUUAUUGUUUUACUCCACAAUUUCAUUUCAAGGCUCAGAAACAAAGCAGGUCAUGAAUGUUUCCUCAAAUUGCUGCUUUAUCCCCGUAGUGCUGUGUGGGAUUUCGUUUGUUUUUGUCUUGGGGAGAUUUUCUCCUCCCCCCUCGUGUUUUUGUGUUUUUGCAAAACUCUGGAGGACGAAGUGUUGUUCUUUUUACGCUCAGACCGGGGCACCAGGUAAGCGUCUCGUACUUAACCGGCGUGCACUCUUGAGGAAAGCUGGCAGAAGUUCAAAAAUAACAUUAGUGCAAGGGACACUCCCCAAACACACACACACACACACUUACUCACACACACACACAGUCACACACACACACGGGUAGCUAUGGUCUCAGCGCUUCUCGCUCUGCGUCUGCGGGGGUAUUUACUUUAGAAAGGUCUGGGCCGCUUCCAUCUGUCUACCUGCCUUAACAUGCUGAUGUCAUCGCCAGCUUUGUACAGAGAUUGAUAAGCCACUCGAUGGGGAUUCACCGGCGAGCUCCGACCUGUGUCACCUGCCCACCGGCCUGCCACCUGCCCUCCCUCUACAACACCUCCUCCACAGAAAUCAUGAAACUUGUAUUAACUGAAUGGCAAUUGAUAUGGAUUUUUACUGUUUCUAGUAGACAGUAAACAUACACAUAUACACACACAUAUACACAUACACAUACAUUUACACACACACACUCACAUAUUUACAUACAUACAUUCACCCACACAUGCACUCAUACAACACACAAUCUCACUUUCACACUUUCACAUACACACACAUCCAUUUGCACACACCAAAGGGAGUGACCUCACGACAAAGCCAUAUAUCUCCCUCACGGUUGCAUACCAAAAAAAAAAAGCAGCAAAAGCAACAACACAACAAGGCUCUUCUGAGAGCUCCACUACGCUACGCGUCCUUGAGAAGAAGAAACCCUACACGGAAUGUAUUAUUUUAUGCAUUGAGUGAUUGAUUGAUUUUUUCUUUUAUUUAUUUUUGGCUUUGUUCGUUCGUGGAGAUUCGCCGGACGACAGGAGAUCACUGACCCAAAGGAGCUGCUUGGAUUUAACUAAACCUUCUCUGUUGCUUUGCGUGGUUUUGUUUAGUUUUGUUUCGUUUCAGUUCGUUUCCUGUUUCACGUUUUCACGUAAGUUCCACGUCGCGUGUCGUACGUGUGCGAAAGCCUGAAGUGUUCUUUGCUUGCUGGUUGAAUGCCGACAGCGAUGGCGCCCCAGAACACUGACGCGGAUACUGUGCAAGUGCAGGAGGUGGUGGUGGUCCCUGCCAAGGCAACCACUCGAGGAGGAGGAGGAGGUGGAGGGGGCGGGGGCAAGACUAAUGGAGUGGGCGGAGCCAGUGGGCGGGACCUGGAGAGUCAGGACGAAUCAGCGAGCGAGGGUUCUAUAGACCGCAUCCCCCUGCAUCAGUGGGUGAUGCACGGAGCCGUCAUGUUCGGACGGGAGUUCUGCUACGCAAUGGAGACGGCCCUGGUGACGCCUGUGCUGCUGCAAAUCGGUCUUCCAGAACAAUACUACAGCUUGGUGUGGUUCCUGAGCCCCAUCCUGGGUCUGAUGUUCACCCCUCUGAUUGGCUCGGCCAGUGACCGCUGUACGCUACGCUGGGGUCGCCGCCGCCCCUUUAUUCUGGCACUGUGUGUGGGUGUGCUGCUCGGGGUCGCACUCUUUCUUAAUGGAUCACUAAUAGGUUUGGCUAUAGGAGACGAGCCGAACAGGCAGCCUAUAGGCAUCGUGCUGACUGUGCUGGGGGUGGUGGUGCUGGACUUCUGUGCCGAUGCGGCUGAAGGGCCAAUCAGAGCUUACCUGCUGGAUGUGGCCGACACAGAGGAGCAGGACAUGGCCCUCAACAUCCACGCCUUCUCAGCAGGACUGGGAGGUGCUGUUGGAUAUGCUCUCGGUGGCCUCGACUGGACACACACCUUCCUCGGCCAGGCCUUCAAAUCUCAAGAGCAGAUCCUGUUCGUCUUCGCCGCCAUCCUGUUCAUCAUCUCCGUAACGCUGCACCUUUUCAGCAUAGAGGAGGAGCAGUACAGCCCUCAGCAGGACCGUCUUGACGACGACGCCGCCUCCUCUUCCGUCAAGAUGAACGGCCUGCUCGGCCCACCGUUCGAUCUGAUCCAGGAAGAUGAACCCUAUGACCCGUACUACCGCUCUGCUCCCUCAGCUGACGGCCGCUCCGACCACGAGCUGGAUCUGGACUAUCUGGAAGUGGAGCUGGUGCGCAGCAAGAGCGACUCUGUGCUCGCCAUGGCCGAUGCCACUUUGGAUCACCUGGACCAUGAGGUGCUGUUCCUGCGUCAGAUUGAGCCGUCCAUCUUCCAGGAGCGUCUUUCGUCCUACCACGGUUCCCCUCCGCGCCGCAGUAGCAGCGUGAGUGCCGGCAGCCAGGAGCUUCUGCAUGGCCGAUUCAGUCGUCUUUCAGCUUUUCUACCCGAGCCGGAUCCAGAAGGUGAGGAGGCUCCACUCCACUCUAGUGAGUUCAAGGCUCCCAACGGACAUCCGGCUGGGCUCGGCGGAUCUAACGGUCAUUCCCGACCGCUCCCGUCCAACGGCACCAAAGCUCCCGGCACCAAUGCUUCCAUCCGGCGACGUCGCCAUACCUUCUACAGGCAGUCGUCCUGCACCUUCUCCUACUACGGGCGCCUGGGCUCGCAUCGCUACCGCUACCGCCGAGCCAACGCCGCUGUGCUCAUCAAGCCGUCGCGCAGCAUGAACGACAUUUAUGAGAUGCAGCAGCGGCAGAGGAGGGGACAGCGGCAGAGAGCUCGUCACCAGAGCGGCAACACCACGUCCAGCGGGGACACGGAGAGCGAGGAGGGCGAGGUCGAGACUACAGUGCGACUCCUGUGGAUGUCCAUGCUUAAGAUGCCCAAAGAGCUGCUGCGGCUCUGCGCCUGCCACCUGCUUACCUGGUUCUCCAUCAUCGCUGAGGCCGUGUUCUACACAGACUUCAUGGGACAGGUCAUCUAUGAAGGAGAUCCUACGGCUCCCACCAACUCCACAUUACUGUAUAACUACAACAAAGGUGUGCAGAUGGGCUGCUGGGGGCUGGUCAUCUACGCUGCCACUGCUGCUGUCUGCUCAGCUUUACUCCAAAAGUACCUGGACAACUUUGACCUCAGCAUAAAGGUCAUCUACAUCUUGGGCACGCUGGGUUUCUCCAUCGGUACUGCGGUCAUGGCUCUCUUCCCCAACGUCUAUGUGUCCAUGGUGAUGAUCAGCAGCAUGGGCGUCAUCUCCAUGAGCAUCUCCUACUGCCCCUACGCUCUGCUGGGACAGUACCACGACAUCAAAGAGUAUAUCCACCACAGCCCUGGGAACUCCAAGCGUGGCUUUGGCAUCGACUGCGCCAUCCUGUCAUGCCAGGUUUACAUCUCUCAGAUCUUGGUGGCGUCAGCACUGGGGGCGGUGGUAGACGCGGUGGGCAGCGUGAGGGUCAUCCCCAUUGUGGCGUCCGGCGGCUCCUUCCUGGGCUUCCUGACCGCCUGCUUCCUGGUCAUCUACCCCGGAGAGGGCAAGGGGUCGAAGGGCGAACAGUCCAAAGCUUUAACCUCGUCCAGCAACGGCCACGGCGAGCUCAGCGUGACCGAGAAACCCAGCGUCCUCAAGCUGACGAAAAAGGGCGCGGCCACCACCACCUGCGCGGUGGAGUGCGAGUCCACGCUGUGACGCGUUUCACCACCAUCGUCUUCAUCACCUUCGGCCGGCAGCUAAGAGCAGCUUAGCGAAGUUCAGCUUCUGUUUCACUCUGUUUUGUUUCACGUUGUUUCGGGCCGUUCGUUUGUGGUUUGUGGUUUAUAUGGCCUCGUGUUGCGGAUCUCAGGGCUGCGGCAGGCAGGGACGGGCGUUCUUCCCUCUCAGGGCCUCCAGAGGGCAGCUCUGGGCAGGACUCUUAAAAAAAAAAAUUCAACUUCUUUCUCUCUCUCUCUCUCUUUCUCUUUCUAUCUUUCUCUCUCUCUCUCUCUCUCUCUUUCAACAUGCACUUCGUCCAAGCAAAAUUCCAGCUUCCACUCCAAGCUCAAGACGGACGAAAAGAAAAAAGAAAAAAUCUGAUGUAAAGAGAAAUUCUUUGUUUAACUUAAUCGCUUGGAAUCUUUUUUUUUGUUUGUUUGUUUCCUCGUUAAUUAUGUUAAAAUAUAGUUUUAUUCGUUUGUUUGUUUGUCUGUUUUUGUUUGUUUAGGAGAGGACAAUGUUAAAAUGUAAAAAAAAAAAAAAAAGUUGCCCAGUACAAUGACAAGCUACUUAAUCAGUACUUUAUUAUUGUUCUGUUUUGUUUUGUUUUGUUUUUUGUAGUUUAAAAAUAAGGUCAGAAACAUAUUUCACGCAAGAAUGCAAACGCAGACGUUUCAACAUUUCGACGACGGCCAGGUUUUGUGCUCAGAAAUUGUUCAGCAUUACACGAUGCGAGAACAAGCUAAUGCUAAUUCUUAGCAUUUUAGCAUUAGCGCAGGUGGCUUCGUAAUUCAGCUUCAUAACUCAGUCAUGGCUUUAUAAUUUGUCUCCUCAGAAUACUGGAUGUUUUAACCAUAAAUGUUUGAUCGUUUCCAUAUUUAUAUAUAUAUAUUUUUUUAAUAGAAUUUUUGUAUUUACUAGCUAUAACUGCCGCUAGCAGUUAGCAGCUAAUGCUAAUGCUAAUGCUGAUUUUGCUGCACCCAGCCUUAGUGGAAAUCUGGAAAUCAGGAGAGAAAUCUGUGUAGAUUAACAUCCAGCACUCGUUUGAAUUAAAGAAAAAUACUUUCUGAAUUAGAAGGAAAACAUGGCGACACCCCUGUUCCUUACUAGUGUCACUUACACCAUUUUGGCACUAGGUCAGGGGGAUUUGUAAGUCAGCUGUCAUGCCGAUAUAUUUUGUCUCCUCUAUCGCCCCCGUGAGUACUGGAUGUUUUAACCACAAACGUUUGCGUUCUUGCGUGUGUUUUGAGUGUGUUUCUGGUCUAAGCCUCUUCAGCUUUAUUUGAAAGGGUAGUGUGGAGUUAAUCCUGACGAUCGACGGUCAGGAAAACGCCCAAAGGUUUAAAAGCAGAGACACGAAUCCUCGUCUCUUCAUUUCAGUUUUAUUGUUGGUUUUCUGUGUAACUGAAGUGUUUGUGUUGGUGCAGGACUGCUGAGGUCAGUGCUGGGAGAAGGAAUCCCUGAAUUUCUUCUCCCUCAAAGAUUCCUAUAUUUCCCAGGGUUCCCAGCUCCACAGUGAGUCUGUGUUUGUCUAGAGGUGUGACUGAAGAUCACACUCUGCGUCGUCUACAGUCCCUUUCUCCUUUCUCCUGAAGCGAUGGUGUUAGUGCGAGCGCUUUACGACUACACGUCAAAACCUGAUGCUGCAAGUGAACUUUCAAAGAGAGAAAUUAAUAACUGAAGAAUGGAGGAGGAGAGGAGGAGGAGGAGGAGGAACUUUGAGGAGAGCGCUGUGAAGUGGCCGAUCUCGGCGUCUCUCCUCGUUUGCUCGUUUCUGAAUUGCACAUUUUGAAGUUUGUGUUUUUGAAACUGUGCCAUUGUGUUGAGACUGCGUCGUCUGAGUGCCUGUGCUCGAUGGUGGAGGCGACCAGGCGGACGGUGCUUUGAGAAGUAUUUUGACGCACGGCCUUUUUGAAUAACCUGUUGGCACUUUUGUGUUUUGGCAGAACUUGAACUGUGAGGCGAAUCCAGAUGAUGAAUGUUGAUUUUUUUAGUUUUUGUUUUUUUCUCUCUCUCUCUCUCUCUUCAAUCAUCUCUCUGUUUUGUUCUUUCUCUUUUGAGAAGCUGUGGAGCACCUUAGUUUUACUGGUAGUGUUUUUUUUACAUUUUGACCUAGUACCUUUAGGCCCCUCCCCUCAACCACGUCCAUUUCUUCUCCAGCACCACAACCUUCUCAACCCCCUCAAAAACCAUCCCAACCCCUUUAAUCACCAUCCCAACCCCCUGAACCCUCUCAACCAUUAUCACGACCCCCUAAACCACUACAACAACCCCCUAAACCCUCUCAACCCCCUCAAAAACAAUCACAACCACUAUAAUCCAUGACUACGACCCCCUCAACCAUUACCAAGACCUCCUAAACCAUGUCCAAGACCCCCUAAACCAUGACCAAGACCCCUAAACCAUGACCAUGACCCCCUAAACUACCAUUACAACCCCCUAAACCACGACCAAGACCCCCUCAACCACCAUUACAACCCCCAAACUACGACCAAGACCCCCUAAACCACCAUUACAACCCCCUAAACCACGACCAUGACCCUCUAAACCAUUACUACAACCCCCUAACCUACGACCAUGAUCCUCUAAACCACCAAUACAACCCCCUAAACCACGACCAAGAUCCCCUAAACCAUGACCAAGACCCCUAAACCAUGACCAAGACCCACUAAACCAUGACCAAGACCCACUAAACCAUGACCAAGACCCAUUAAACCAUGACCAAGACCCCCCAAACCAUGACCAAGACCCCCUAAAACCAUAACUACGACCCCCUGAACCACGACCAAGACCCCCUAAACCACCAUUGCAAACCCCUAAACCACCACUACAUACCCCCUCAACCCCCUUUACCCCCGUUUUUUGAGCUCCACAGCCCGCAGCACAUCAUCAUCAGCGUCUCCAGCUGGUCUGUUUUUCAGCUGUUUUUGUUUUUGUUGGUUUUUUGGGACUCCUAUACGAGACUCUGGGUGGUGUGCAAUAACGCAGCCCUGAUCUGGCUACGGUCCACGAACUACUGACCUUCACUGACCUCAGAUCAGGACGCCGUCGUAAUACUUACUGAGACACGACGCUGCUUCCUGUUUUGUGUUGCUGUCCAGCACGUCGAGUACAUUCACGCAUGUCCAGCACAUUAUGAAGAUACUCCACCGUUUUCCACUGAGGCAGAUUUUUACCGAUUAUGUAUCUUUCUAUAGUAUUAAACCCAAAACAUAAGCUGCAACCUGUUCUUUUAGAAUGUUCAUAUAAAAAGAUGAUAAAACCAAACUUGAAAACAGAAACACACACACACACACGUGACACGACACGACACACACCGCAUUUCUGACAAAUCAGCUGCAAUAAUGAUGUUACCUGCCUCACAGCGUGUUAAAGGGGAAUUACACUCGUUUUUCUAAAAAAUCUGCAUAAUUCAGUUACUGAAGUUUAAACAUGCAGAGACAAUUGUUGAGGAGAAACUUAAUUUUUAAUUAUUUUUAUUUUUAUUAUCAGGGGUCAUGUUGUUUAAAUGUUAACAUAGUCGUUUUAUAUUUACUAUCCCACAGUGGAGUAAUGGUAAUUAUCUAAAUUUUUCGACUACAAAUUUCACUAAUCGUUAAUCUGUAACAGCAUCGCAUUACAAAAACCAUUAAAAACCUUUUCAGACCUUAAUUUCAUCUACAGUGAUGAAAAAAUUCAAGAAUGCUGCUUUCUGUCUGUUAUGCACGGGAGAAAAAAAAACUCUAAUAUAUUCUACUAUAAAAUAUUAUAAAAUCUUUUAUAGUUUAUUUUUUAUUUCCCUUGCAUUGAAAGCAUCUGUGUAAUUAUUUAUAUUUUAUAUUGGCCUUUUUAUUUCUUAAACCAUCCCUAAACAGUAAAAAAAAGUGUUCUGUGCAAUUUAACAUUUAAAAAUAAAGAAAAUAGAUUGUAUCCACUGCAAUGGAUGCAGAGUCUGAAAGGGUUAAAGUGCCCAAACACAACGGAUGACAUAUUUAAUCAGUAAAUAUCAGCACUUUCCACAUUUAAACAACAUCUAUACGUUUUGAAUGGCUUUAAAUCUUAUGUUCAGCUCUGUCUAUCAUUUUAAAAAUGAACAACAUGGCAAAAAUCGUCAACUAAUCGACUAAUCCAAAAAAUAAUCAUUAAAAAAAAAAAAUUAGUCGACUACCAAAAUAUUCAUUAAUUGCGGUCAGCCCUAUUUUAAUUGAAUUCUUUCAGACCUAAAUUUUGUUCCAGUGAAAAAAUCUAUAUGUAAAAUUAAUCCAAUUCUUUAAACUCAAACUCAAUUUUUUUAUUUCUGAUAAAAUGAUAAAAAGUGUUCUUAAUCACAAAGAAUUAGUAAAAAGAAGCUUGUAUUUUUACUUUUUUUUUUCCAGUGCAGUGGGCGGGGCUAAACUAUGUUUAUGAUCUAUUCUGACACGCAACAGUUGGUCUCAAUUAGUGUUCUGUGCAACAAAACAUUUGAAAAAAAAAAUGGGUAAAAAAGGGUUAAAACUGGCAAAUAUGCUGUAAACCCUCCUCCCCAUCCUGCAGUACCACCAGGUACCUGUAGAGGUCGACAAACCCCAGGUUAAGAGUCUACUGUGCACUGUAAGAGAGUGUGUAAUUAUUAUUACUAUUAUUAUUAGACUCAGUCAGUGUAUUAAUAAUCAACAUAAACAUAUUAUUAAAUUUUAUCUUUUAUCUUUAUGUUUUUCUCUCUUUAUGUUUUUUAAAACUUCACCAAAGUUGGUAUUUUCUCAGUGAUAAAUAUUUAUAUUUAAUUAUUUGGAAAUAUAUAUAUAAAAAAAAUGUGUGUAAUUCCCCUUUAACAUCAGGGUGGUGAUUGUUUAGUUAUUUUUGGGGGGGGUUAUUUUUUAUCUAUAUAUAUAAAUAUAUUAAUAGAUAUAAAUAUUAUAUAUUGGCUAGUGCAUGAGAGGCUGUUUUUGGCGUAUUCUAUCUACUUAAGAAAUGUAUUCAUUGCUUAAGAGUGGGCGAUACUUUGGCUUGGAAAGAAUGAAAAGAGUUUCUCUUUUUGAAAUACUUGAAGAAAUGCACCGUGCUUAUUUUAUUUUAGUUUUUUUUUUUUUAGUGUUUUAAAUCAGAAGAUGCAAGGAGGUGAUGAUGAUGUAUGACGAUGCUCCCAGAGAUACGGACUGCUGGGAACGAUGGCAUGCUGGGAGUUGUAGUUUUCCUAAAGUGGGAACGUCCAGCGAUGAAUGAAUGUAUCCGUUGUUGUAUUGUUUUAAUACGAGCAGAAGACCUGACAUUGCAAACGACUUGCACAUAGAGGACGCACUCGAGCGACGCAGACUUAAGACCACCAGUAUCCAUCCGGACUGUGAAGGACCUUCAGUAGCUUCUAUAGUGGCUUAAGUCUCUGUCCGGAGUGCCGCCCCUCCCACCACAGAGUUUAAAGAAAAGAAUCAUCUUGUUUAAGAGAAAAAAAAAGCUGUGGAUAUUUAUUUUUUUGAGAUCUUUAUUGUGAAACAAAAUGCUUUGACUUUAUUUAAAGAAAAUCUAAGUGAAGAGAGAGAUAUUUGCAGAUUUACUGAAUGCAAAAGGUGUGAAGAAGUGUGCUUUUAAAAGGUUGAAGGUUUAACGAGCGUGCAUUUGUGUUUAUGAGAAUGUCUGUCUACAGAUCCUGGUUUACAGCACGUGUUUCACGUUUCACAAGUUCAAGCGUAAGUUUGAGUUUGAGUGAGUUUAAGUAGACGUCACUUUUUAUUUUAUUUUAUUUUUUUAAUGGAUGUACUGGUGAUGACAAAAAAAAUAAAAUUAUGAUCAAUAACAGCUAAAUAAUCAUUCACGUUAAAAAGAAUGUUAAAAAAAAUACAAUUCACCACCUCACUUUUGUUUAAUGAUUUUUAAUGAUUUUUUUUAUUUUAAUUAAUUAUUAUUUCAUUCGCCCUUAUUAAGUCAACCGUCCCACGUUUUAUGAUGGUUUUAAAGUUUAAAAAACAAACGUUGGUGGAUGUUUAACAUGGUUGAAAAGAACAGAAAAGAAAAGAAAAGUGUGUUGAGGAAGAAAUACCUGAACAUUUGCAGUGUACUAUAUAAUAUAUAUAUAUGCCUUGUUAUUUGAAAGUUGUAUAUAUUUCUUUUAAAUAGUUUCUUUUGCUGCUAUAAGAAGCUGAUUAUUUUUUAUUAGUUUUUUUUUCUAUAAGAACUGUACAUAAAUAUAUAUAUAAAUAUAAAAAAAAAGACGUAUGUAAAUAUGCUCGAGCCUUCAAAUGUAGAACUCUUCAGGAACACUGUAUUGAAUGCACCUUUAAAGAGAAUCAUUGAAAAAGAAAAA